GUCAAUCUGGUUUUAUAUAAAGAAGAGAUUCUUGGAAAUAGUGUUCUGUCUGCAGCACAUCAUUGCUCUAGCUUCUCACGGUUGGAUCAGUGUGUGAAAAGGGCCAGCAGUACUGCAGCUGAACUUGAUGAUGCAGUAUUUCGUGCAAUGAGGCUGAUGUGUGAAAGUACAAAAAGGAAAACAGAAGUGAAACCAGAGAUUCAGGAAGCAGCUACAAAAGUACUGAGAGCUGAACACAGACAAGGGCUGACAGUGGAGAAUACAGAUGUUAUUUUCCAUCAAUUCAGAGACCUCAAAUGUUCCACAUUAAGCUUGUUGUUGAGCCAAAAUACAUCAUAGUGAAAGGAGGGACAGAUGUUGUGUUACCCUGUUCUCUCAGCACCAAGGAGAACGUUGAGUCAAAAGUGUUUGACUGGAGGAAAGUUGCUCAGAAAGAUGAUGGUCUGAAGGAGGUGUUCAUGUAUGAAAAAGGCUUUCAUUACAAUAACGGUCGUCCAGGUCAGAGUGAAGAGUUCAAAGGUCGAGUCUCGCAUUUUGAAGAUGAACUGAAACACGGCAACGCCUCCAUAAUCAUCAGAAAUAAGAAGGAGGCUGACAGUGAAGUCUACACCUGUCAUUUCCCACGUCUUCAUCAAAUGGUCCACCUUAAACUUUUUGUUGUUGCUCCAGAGCCAGAUAUCAACAUUAUUGAUGCCACAGAUGAUGGAGUGUUGCUGCAGUUUGAGGUUCGAGGUGCUGCUUCCAAACCUAGAGUAGAGUGGCAGGACAGAGAUGGAAACAAACUUCCUGCUGAAGACCCGCAGGUCUCUGAAAGAGGAGACGGAUACCACAUCACCCUCCAGACUACUGUGACCAAGACCGGCUGCUGUCGCUGUGUCGUCACACAGGAGGAAACCAACCGGAGGACUCAUGCUGAGAUUUAUGUGGCUAUUAUUGGGCGAGCAGUCAUCAAAGUACAAGGAGGGGCUGAUGUUGUGUUACCCUGCUCUCUCAGCACCAAAGAGAACAUUGAGUUUAAACUCUUUGACUGGAAGAAAGUUGCUCAGAAAGAUGAUGGUCUGAAGGAGGUGUUCCUGUAUGACUCAGGCAUUCAUUACAACAACGGCCGAGGUGGUCAGAGUGAGCAGUUCAAAGGUUGAGUCUCUCAUUUUCAAGAUGAAUUGAAACACGGCAACGCCUCCAUAAUCAUCAGAAAUACAAAGAUAUCUGACAGUGGAAACUACACCUGUGAUUUUCCAAAUCUUCAG